UGAUACGUUGAUAAAGGAGCGCUCCUUGAAUAGCACUCAGACGGCAAAGGUUACCAAUCCUCAGUGUCACGUACCAGAGAACACAGGCUGAAAACUCUUUGUGUCUGAGGUGGUUUUCUAGAUCAUUAAGAAUCACUUGCUUUAAGCUGCAAACAUGCUUCAGAGCCGCAAAAGGACAGCUCAUCGAGCGGCUGGGCCAGGAGGAAAAAGACAACGGAUGUCUAAAGGAGCACCAAUGUACAGCCACCACAGAAACAUGUUCUCUAAGCACCAGGAUGGCAGCCACAAGCGCGAAAAGCCUUGGGCUGCUCUUGGUGCCUGGUUCAUGGGGCCCAAGGCAGAGAAUGGAAAUGUGUUCCACGAACUUGUCACUCAAACUAUUGAUUCCCAGAUAAACUUCCGUCGUCACGUAUAUUUUCCGUGUGAUCCUCCUUACGUGACCGAUGAGCUCCGUGAUACACACGCAUUUAAAGCUUCCAUGAACAAGUUAAAAACUGAGAUGGAAGAACUUCAAAAUAAAAUGAUGAAUUCUGUGCCAUUCUACAGCUCCAGAUACAAGGGCCAUGUCAACUGGGAUGUAGCUAUGCCAGCUCAUCUUGGUUACAUCUGCGCUUUGUUAUACAAUCAAAACAACUGUGCAGCUGAGGCAUCCACCGUGACAACCUCGUUCGAGCUGGAGGUUGGGACCGACUUGUGUGUCAUGAUGGGAUAUGAUCCGAAAAAAAGCAUGGGACAUUUGGUGACUGGAGGGACGGUCGCCAACAUUGAAGCUCUUUGGGCAGCACGAAAGGUCAAGUUCUUUCCAUUAGGACUACGAAGGGCUCUGUGCAAAGAGGAGAAAUUGGCUAAUGCGAAACAUUAUGAGGUCUUCUUUCCCCAAAGGGGAACGAAAGGGGAACUGAUCAGUGGCACUGAAUGGGAAUUACUCAACCUUGACACCUCCUCCAUCCUCACUAUGCCUGAGGAGGUGCAAAAACUGGCUGGGCUGGAAAAUUCCAGUGAUUUCAUGGAAUUACUGUCAGAUCAUCUCUACGAGUCUGUUGGGGCAGCUGAGUUUGCUCGCCGCCAUCCCCUGAUAGAGAAGACCUGCGUGAUAGUAUCUAGUACCGCUCAUAUUUCCUUCACAAAGGCAGUCACCAUUUUGGGAUUGGGUAAAAAUAGCCUCGUUCCAGUGGCAGUUGAUGAAAACUCCCGGAUGGACGCAGGCGUUUUAAAAGACAUCUUGGAGAAGUACCUAGACACGCAGGUUCCUGUGAUGGCAGUUGUCGCAGUAAUGGGAACCACUGAGGAAAGCUCGAUUGAUCCUCUCACUGAUAUCCUCAAGAUACGAAAAGAUUUCAGUAAAAAGGGGCUCGACUUUAGCAUCCAUGCCGACGGAGCCUGGGGUGGAUAUUUCUGCAGCAUGUUACGUGAUCAACCCAAAAACUUUUAUCUUAAAGCACCGGAAGACUAUGGCUUUGUGCCUCAGUUAUAUCUGAGUUCCUAUGUCCACGAUCAGUUGUCAGCUUUGGACCAAUGCGACACCAUCACUAUUGACCCUCACAAAUCUGGCUUCUGUCCCUACCCUGCUGGGGCGCUGUGUUACAAAGAGAAGAAGAUGAACACCUUCCUCCAAAUCACCAAUAGUGUGGUCUAUUACCAUGGUGAUAUGACUCUUGGUGAUAUUGGAAUUGAGGGAUCUAAACCAGGUGCAGCUGCGGCAUCCGUUUUGCUGGCAAACAGGGUUAUUGGUCUACACAGAAAUGGCUAUGGUAGGAUUCUAUCUGAAUGUACGUUUACUGCCAAAAUGUUGUACUGUCUUUGGAUAACCCUCCCUGAAGAGGAUGACCAGUUUAUGAUUGAAACCACUAAACCGCUGCCAUCUUCAUGGAAGGGAAUGUCGGAGAAGAAGCAGAAGGAGUUUAUUAGAGAAAGAAUCAUUGCUAAAAGUAAUGAAGAACUCGCCAAGGACGAUGAAGCCAUGGAGUAUUUGAAAGAGGUUGGUCCAGACACGCUGGUUUCGUGCUUUACCGUCAAUUUAAAGGGAAAUAAAAGCGUCGACGUCUGCAAUUCCCUCAAUAUGGCGAUAUUUCAAGGCCUCAGCCAUUCCUCAGGAGAAAGGACUGCACAUCGAAUUCCAAUGAUUGUGACAUCAUCUAGCAUGCUUCACCACAAGCACAGCUCUGCUCUGAAGAACUUUAAAAAGAGGCUGGGGCUUGAUCCAAAGGGUGAUUCCUCUGUCAAGUUCCUUAUUACCACUUGCAUGGAUCCAUGGGCAACUUCCGUCGAAUUCUUGGAUGACUUGGCUUCUAUCAUGAGGAACAGCAUUCUCUGUGCCAUUGGAAGGGUUAAAGAUCCCAAGUCCCAUCAUGACUUUGUCAGUACAGGAGUGGUUAACGAUGAGCACCAAGUCAUCGUUUAUUACGCAGGCAACUUCAACAACAUCUCCAAGCAGUAUGGUACUGUCGCCACUUUGCAGUUUAACUUAGAUAGUCAAGCCAAAGAGUACACAUCCAAGCAGGACUCUGUGAUGGCUACCAGCACCGAACCCAACCCAAUUGUCUUCCGAAGCAAAAAAAGUACGCUAUAUGAUGUGUUUUUUGGAGAAUCGGAGUACGGAGAUAAAGCUGAAGUGUUUGAUUUAUUCAUCGGACUGCCUUCUCGUGGAAGUAAGCCUUUCAUGACAGCUAACUUGAAGGUGGUGGAUGUCCCACAGUACGAACACUUUGAUGACGAUGAGUACCCAGAGUUCCUUUCCUAUUUCAUGUAUGGUGAUAAGAAGGACGCUUUCUUGUUCCAUAUUCCAACUAAGAAUCCUGACUUCCUCCAGAUAGUCAAACUGGAUGGCAUUCCCAAGGGAGUAGGCUCAGAAGGCAGCAAAGAUCUCCUGCUAAAGAAAGGCAUUGAGGUCAACUUGCCUGAGAUCAGUGGAUCCUGGCCAGAAGAUCAUGACGAUGUGAAAGAUCCACUCAAGAAUCAAAAAUACGAGAUCAAAUUUGUUGGAAUCGAUGGCGAAGAAGUUGCAAGUAAAGUGAAGAUUGAAAGCAAUGUCUGGUUUGAUGGAACUAACCUCAACAAGUAAAGUUUACUAAGAUUACCGCUAGUGCUUUGAGAAGAAAUUAGAACCGUUAUUGCAGAUAAUCAUUUGUCAUGACACGUAACAUUUGCCCUCAAUAAGCAAGCCAAUAGGUUAGUUUUUCCAUUUACGUUUUCAAACUUAGUUAGGUCAGUGCAGCCACAGAGUUUGCAACAUUAUAAAGAAAUAAGUUGUCUUAAGUAUCUGAUGGAGUUUAAAAUGAUUCUCCAAAACAUUCAAUAUCGCCGUGAAGAGCACGUUGCAUAAGCACGAGAGCCACUGCUUCAUACACCAGGACCGAUGGCCAGAUUCUUCGCCUUCUUUACUCUUGUUUGCCUUUUAUCCGGUAUCAGAUUUAGCAUUUUCUGUGUGUUUACUGGUUGAAAUAAAACAACACAAUGAAAUCCAUUAUCUGA